GCAGGCGAGGCCGCCAUGUUGGGGAGGUCGGCGCUGAGGCGGAGGUGCCUGGGCGGGUCCCGUUCCCUUUCCUGCUCUAGCCCCGCUCUAUCCCGAUUUCCCACCCUCAUCCACAGUCCCAGGAGGCGCAACUGGGGCGCGGGGACCCGCUGUGCCUGCAGGGGUGCCCCUCAGCGCCUGCUGCAGCCCUGCCAUGUCCCUGGAGCCUCUGAGGGGAGCCGGGAUGUGACCUGUUCCUGGGGGGCUGUGGUGCCCCUCUUCCCAUGGAGACGCACAUCCCACAUGGAGGAGCCCGCGCCCUGCCCGAGGGGAUGCUCCAGAAUCCCUGGAGAGCCGGGAUUGCCGGGGAGGAGCCGUGGGAUGUCCCAGGUGUUUGUGGAGGGCUGGGAUAACCCGGAGACACCCCUGGGGUUUGUCCUCCACCAGGAAAUAGACAGACGGUUGGAAAAGAAGCUGAAGAUCACACAGAAGGAGAGCAGAAAGUCCAAAUCUCCUCCCAAAGUGCCGAUUGUGAUCCAGGACGACAGCCUUCCCGCGGGGCCGCCGCCCCAGAUCCGCAUCCUCAAGCGCCCCACGACCAACGGCGUCCUGAGCAGCCCGCACUCCGCCAGCCGCCCCGCCUUCCCCGUCAAAUCGCUGGCGCAGCGCGAGGCCGAGUACGCCGAGGCCCGGAAACGCAUCCUGGGCAGCGCCAGCCCCGAGGAGGAGCAGGAGAAGCCCAUCCUGGACAGGCCGCCGCGGAUCUCGCAGCCUGAGGACACCCGGCAGCCCAACAAUGUGAUCCGGCAGCCGCUGGGCCCCGAUGGCUCGCAGGGCUUCAAGCAGCGCAGAUAGAGGCGGGGGCGCCGUUCCGCCGGCACGGACACGCGCACCCGGGCCAGGGGACGUCCCGGGGUGAUUUGCACUGUGACCCUUUUGCUCUGCCCACUGUGACCUUCAGCCCCACGCACUGUGACCUCCCCUCUGCACCCACUGUGAGCGGCGAUCCCAGCAGGGCCGUGCCACGGCCGCGGGACUCGAGGGGCCGUGCCGGACUCGGCCGGGCGCAGGGAGUUGUGUGUCCCACUCGGGUCGGAGCGAGCGCCAGCAAUAACGUUCGUUGUACUCGAAACCCGGCAUUUAAGGAAAAAAAAAAGAUGGGAAGCCUCCCCAGCCACGCAUGUUGUCCUCAUCACUUCCAGAACGAGUUCUGUUUCCAAGGAUUUUAGGUUCUUUUAUUUGGUUUUCUGUUUGUUUUCUGUAUCUCGGAUUGGCGGAGUGCAUGGGAAGGGUCUGAGCCGUUUGUUCGAAUCCAGAGAGAUAGCUGAGUGUUCAAAAGGGAAUUCCAAUGGAUUUCCAUGAAUGUGAUGGCUCGGAGAUGACAAGCUCACGCCUCUCCUCCAUUUCCACUGCCAUGGAAGCGAACUCUUGGAUACCCCCAGAUACCUCAGAGCUGGACCCAGUUCACAUCUUGCUCCUGUUAAAGCUUGCCUCCGAUUCCCUGCUGGCUUUGAGGAAUAGCCUAAGGUACAUUCUUUCUGGGUUCUUUUGUAUGUGGGGAGAAGGGAAUGCAGAGUGACCCCAUGCCUGCCGUCUGGCCAGGGAGGGCCGGGCGGUGAAGAAUGAGGGAGAUGUAAGGAGGAGAGGCUCCGGUGCUGCUCCGGCUGUGAUGUCGGGCAGUGGCAGAUCCCGAGGCUCCGGCCCCGGCGGUGCAGGGACGGUACGAGCUCUCCCGGAAUGGCAGAGCCGGGAACCAGACCAGCCUUGGAGAAAGCCUGGAUGAUCCCUCCGUCUCCCUGGAGGCAGCGAGGCUUCAGGGAAGGGGUCGUCCUGCUCCAGCUCCCGGGACGAGGAUGGGGAGGCUGCUGCUUCUGAACGGAGAUGUUCCCCCUGGAUGAAGCUGAGGAUCACUCGGUAUCAAGGGAUUGAUGAACACUAAAUGCUGUCCUGGGGUGCCAGGAUCUGGAAACCCGUGUGGUUCCCGACGGAUUCCUGCAUCCGUGUGCUGCCUUCAGUAGGUUUGAGGGGAACGAGCCAAUCUUGAUGUGCACAAAAAGCCCUGUGUGGAAAUGAGGCUGAAACCCCACAGAAACGGGAAAAUAGAAACUACCUGUGUAUCCCAUCUGCUGGAACCUUAAUGAGCUCCUGAAGCUGUUCCAGGAGGGGCGGGAUUCCCCGGGAUUCCCCUGGGAUUCCCCCUGGCAUCCUGGUGACUUGUGGAGGAUCUCGCUCAUCCCCAUCAGGCUGGGGGCCAGGAUGAGCUGCGGGAGGGAGCAGGAGGGAGAAGGACAUCAGCAAUAACCGUAGUCACUGCGCCUUUCCUUAAUUAUUCCUAAAAAUAGCAUUGAAUAGCCAAAAACCUCCCAAAUCCACCGGAUUUCUGGUGCAGCCGGUCAGCGCCGCGUGGCCGCCUCCUCCGUGUUGGGCACCGAGGUUCCAGCUCCGGCAUCGAAAUCCCCUUUUCCAGCACUGAAAUCUCCUGGCUGUUCCUGCUGCGUCCCGGUGCCAGGACACGAUGCCCAGGACACGGUGCCGGGACACGAUGCCCAGGACACGGUGCCGGGACACGGUGCCCAGGACACGUCCCGCCCGCGGGCAGGGCUCGGCGGCGUUCCUGUGGGAAGAGCCUUCAUCCCGAGGAGGGGGAGGAUGGACGCGGCACCGCGUGUUUCCGCCCCUGAAAAAACGUGCGCCGGAAAGAAAACGUUUUAUAAAUUGUAUUUUAAAUAAAUGUCUUUAAACUUU